AUGGCUCUGUCGCGAGUUUCUUCGUCAUCGCCAUCGAUUCUGUUGAAACCCCUAUCCUCCUACUUGUCGCUACGACGACGUUCGGUGUCCUCCUCCUCCACUGACCCUCUCACUGUGGAGACUUCUCUUCCCUUCACCGCCCAUCGCUGCGAUGAGCCCUCACGCGCCGUCGAGACCUCCGCGGCGGAGCUCCUCUCGUUCUUCCGCGACAUGGCGCUGAUGCGGCGGAUGGAGAUCGCGGCGGACUCCCUCUACAAGGCCAAGCUGAUCCGCGGCUUCUGCCACCUCUACGACGGUCAGGAGGCCGUCGCGGUGGGGAUGGAGGCUGCGAUCACACGCAAAGACUGCAUCAUCACCGCCUACCGCGACCACUGCACCUUCCUGAGCCGCGGCGGAACCUUGCUCGAGGUGUUCGCUGAGCUCAUGGGCCGCCGCGACGGCUGCUCCAAGGGGAAAGGUGGUUCCAUGCACUUUUACAGGAAAGAGGGUGGCUUCUACGGUGGGCAUGGAAUUGUUGGGGCUCAGGUUCCGCUUGGUUGUGGCUUGGCUUUUGCUCAGAAGUAUUGUAAGGAUGAAAAUGUGACGUUUUCGUUGUACGGUGAUGGUGCAGCCAAUCAGGGACAGUUGUUCGAGGCGCUUAACAUUUCUGCGCUUUGGGAUCUCCCUUCCAUUUUGGUCUGCGAGAAUAAUCAUUAUGGAAUGGGGACUGCUGAGUGGAGAGCGGCUAAGAGUCCUGCUUAUUACAAGCGUGGAGAUUAUGUUCCUGGAUUGAAGGUAGAUGGCAUGGAUGCUCUUGCUGUGAAACAAGCUUGUAAAUUUGCAAAGGAGUUUGCUUUGAAGAAUGGUCCCAUUAUUCUUGAAAUGGACACAUACAGAUAUCAUGGCCACUCCAUGUCUGAUCCUGGCAGCACAUACCGCACACGUGAUGAAAUUUCUGGUGUGAGACAGGAGCGUGAUCCAAUUGAGAGAGUAAGAAAGCUGCUAUUGUCUCAUGAGAUUUCUACUGAAAAGGAGCUAAAGGACACUGAAAAGGAAGUAAGAAAGGAAGUUGAUGAAGCCAUUGCCAAAGCAAAGGAAAGUCAAAUGCCAGAUCCAUCUGAUUUAUUUAAGAACGUAUAUGUUAAAGGUUUAGGUGUCGAGGCUCGGGGCGCUGAUAGGAAAGAAGUUAUAGCUACUUUGCCCUGA